AUUUGCUUAAAUACUAUCAUUUCUUAAUUGCUCAGAAAUCAAAUUAACAACACGUGGUGACCGGAACUGGAAUCUUCUUCACUGUUUUUUUUUACCGGAAGGUUAACACCGGAAGUUAGCAUUAGCUUGACGAUCCGUUGAGUGAAAAACUUCCAAGCCCUUGGCGCUCACGCCUGCAUCGGCCCCCGCUUGAAGCAUGUCUUCGGAUCAGGAUUUCAGAGCGAUUGUCCGGCAGCAGAUGGGAGCGGCAGGGGAAGAGACUUACCUGGUUUUGGAGAACCGGAUCGCGGACUUGAAGCUGCGGCUCGCGGAGCAACAAAAGAUGCUCGACGCCGCGUUAAAACCGGAGGUUCGGCUUUUCAGAAUCGACUCCCUGAAGCAGCAGGAGGAGGAGGAGGAGGAGGAGCUCCAAGCAGAAGGGAGUGAGGAGGUCUUCUUCCAGCCUCCAGACAUCAAGGAGGAAGAGUUUGAGACUUUUAUCAUCCUGGAGGAAGAGCGGCUGCAGUACGACGACGAGGAACGGGACUCUGAGAAGCGGGAAACUAUGAUCGCGCCUUUGGACUCUGAAGCGGAGGGCGGUCCGGACGACCAGCGGGGGGGUCACGGGUACCACUGCGGGAUUUGCGGCACCAGCUUGUCCAGCAGGUUGUGUCUCCUGAGGCACCGGACCAUCCACACGGGCGAGAGGCCGUACUUCUGCGAGCUGUGCGGCAAAACCUUCAGAGGAAGCGACAAGCUGCUGCUCCACAAGAGAACGCACACGGGCGAGAAGCCCUACCUGUGCCCCACCUGCGGGAAACGAGUCACCGACCCGUCCGCCUUCAAGAGACACCUGACCAUCCACACCGACGAAAGGCCCUUCGCCUGCGAGAUAUGCGGCAAGACGUUCAAGCACAGCAACGCCAAGCUGUGCCACGUGCGCUCGCACACGGGCGAGAGGCCUUACCCGUGCGACCUGUGCGGGAACGGCUUCGUCAGCGCCUCCAAGCUGGAGCGGCACAGGAAGACGCACACGGGCGAGAGGCCGCACGUCUGCGGAACCUGCGGGAAGGGGUUCAUCCGCCUCUCCGGCCUCAGAAACCACGUCUGCUUCCGGAAGCGUGCCGUCCGCUUCCCAGCAGGCAUUUCUGCCUGAAGCCUUCGAGAGUCCGGACUGGUUUCAGCCGUAACCCGUUCGAAUGAACCGCCGUAGGACUGAACGUGGAGGGACGUCUGUGCUCUGGCGUCCGGACGUCCGUGCUCUGGCGUCCGGACGUCCGUGCUCUGGCGUCCGGACGUCCGUGCUCUGGGGUCCGGACUGUGUUCCACUGGUCUGUCUGCAGUCCGUUCCCCCCUGUUGUGUCUCCGGUCCGGUUUGUCCUGCCACCCCCGUGUCGAGUGGUCCAGCCCUCUUUCUCCUCUUUGAGUUCCUGUAAAAAAAAUUUGUGUUGUUAAUGUGAUCUUUUUUCUAAUACCAUUUAUAAAACUUAUAAAAUAAAGUGAAAUUAAAGUUGUAUACAUUUUUA